AUGAGAAUGUACCAAGAAGGAAAACUCGCGCAGUAUGUGCAAGAAAAAGCCGCUCGUGCACAAAAACUCGCAGCACAACUAGACUCGACCAGCACUCCAGUGAUUGACUACGAUGACAUGGCUUAUAUGGCGCAGAUCACUUUGGGUACACCUCCACAAUCGUUCGUGGUUUUCUUGGACUCGGGAUCGGCAAACCUAUGGGUGCCAGACAUCGCUUGCGCCGAAGGACAUUCAGACACUUGCGGCACAUACUGCAAACAGGUCAGCUUCUUUGGCUAA